AUGCUGAUCAUCGGUCUGACCGGCUCAAUAGCCACGGGGAAAUCCACCGUCUCCUCAAUCCUCUCCACACCCCCCUACUCCCUCCCCAUCAUCGACGCAGAUAUCCUCGCCCGCAAGGUCGUCGAGCCAGGCACAGCAGGCUACAAGGCAAUCGUGAACUACUUCGGUCCCAGCACACCCGACCUCCUCCUCGAUGAUGCCCCAGAUACCCCCUCAUCCCCCCAAGGAAAACCCCUCAACAGACCAGCUCUCGGCCGUCGCGUCUUCGGCGACACAGAUGAGCGCAAACGCGAUCGCCAAGUCUUAAAUGGCAUCAUCCACCCCGCCGUCCGGUGGGAAGUCUACAAAGCACUGAUAUACCACUACCUCCGCGGUCAAUGGGCUGUCGUCUUAGACGUACCUCUCCUCUUCGAAAGUGGCAUGGACCUUAUCUGCGGAACUGUCCUUGUGGUCGGUGUCACUGAUCCAGCCAUCCAAAUGGCGCGCCUCCGUUCACGAGACGCCCACCUCACCGCCGAAGACGCAGAGAACCGUGUCCGUAGCCAAGGAGAUGUACGCACGAAGGCUGCGCAAGCUGAGUUCCGUGGUACAGCGGCGGCGCGGGGCGUGGUGGUUUGGAAUGAUGCUGAUAAAGCCGAGCUGGAGCGUGCGAUCAAGGGCGCGAUGGUGAGUAUUUCGGCAUCGAGCCCAAGGUGGUGGGCGUGGGCUUUACUAGCUGCCCCGCCAGUGGGAUUUGGUGUUGCCGCGUGGAAUUUGAUUGUAAACUAUGCGACGCAGAAGGAUUGGGAGAAGAAGAAGAGGGAGGAGAAGGCUCGUUUAUAA